AUGAAUAUAAAUUUACCAAGGAUGAAAGCUUUGAGAAAUAAUAAUUUUGUGAAAGAUAUAGAAACUUCAAUCCUUGAAAAAGACGUAAAUCAAUAUAUUGUGCCAUUUGAUAUAAUAUGUCUAUUAUCCUAUUCAACUUCUAUGCUUACCGCUGUCAAACCUUUUAUACUUGGUGUAUUUUGA